UUGUUAUUGCGUAGAGAUUUGUUUGAUUAAAGUAAUGAAGAAAGGUUUAAUAUGGCAACAGCUGGCUAAUGGCUUUCCUCUCUUUGCCCAACACGUCGCCAAUGGCAUCAAAUUUCUGUUUCGCUCUUCUUCUUCCUCCUUCUGCUUCUACUGUUAACAUUCAAUUUCACCGCCCAAUUUAUAGUUCCCCGACGUCGUUUUCAAUUCGUUCUUCUACUUCCUCCCCCUCUUCAUCGUCGUCAUGGGCUUCGUCCUCCUCCACCGUUUCCAGUUCGCAGCAGCCCAAAGUUGUGGUCACCAGAGAACGCGGCAAAAAUGGCAAGCUCGUUAAAGCUCUGGCCAAAUGUGGGAUCAACUGCCUGGAGCUUCCUCUAAUUCAGCACACUCAGGGACCUGAUUUGGAUAGACUUCCCUCUGUAUUAACCGCAGAUACUUCUUUUGACUGGAUUGUCAUAACAUCCCCUGAAGCAGGCUCGGUGUUUCUAGAGGCAUGGAAGGCAGCUGGAACCCCAAAUGUCAAGGUAGGGGUUGUAGGAGCUGGUACAGCAAGCAUUUUUAAUGAAGUAUUACAAUCAUCUGGACAAUCUCUUGAUAUUGCCUUUACACCAUCUAAAGCUACAGGUAGGGUUUUGGCAUCAGAACUUCCAAAGAUUGGGAACAAAAGAUGUACUGUAUUGUAUCCAGCUUCUGCCAAAGCAAGUAAUGAGAUCGAAGAAGGCCUGAUGAAUCGCGGAUUUGAGGUUGUAAGACUAAAUACAUACACUACAAUUCCCGUUGAUCAUGUUGACCAAUUUGUUCUGAAGCAGGCACUUAAUUGCCCUGUUGUUGCAGUUGCUUCUCCUUCUUCAAUUCGUGCCUGGGUCAAUCUUAUUUCAAAAUCAGAGCAGUGGAACAACUCAGUAGCCUGUAUCGGUGAGACAACUGCUUCAGCAGCAAAACGUUUGGGCUUGAGGAAUGUUUACUUUCCAACAAAUCCUGGUUUCGAAGGGUGGGUGGAUAGCAUUGUUGAAGCAUUGGGGGCACAUGUUGACUCCUAGAAGUCAGAAGUCUUUCAGGUUAAAUGGUGAUGCAAAAAGUUGGCUGCAAGGCACUGAUGCACGCAUUGCAAUCAGCAAGCAGAAAGAAGAUGAUGUUUUGACAUUUGGAAAGCUUCCCUUUGAGGUCAGUCUAAAGACUAUAGAGGUCAUAACCGAAAGGAUUAGGAUAUUGCUGAAAAAGAAGCUUUGCGCUUGUAUAUAUUAUUUCUAAUUCUAACUGAAAUUCGAUAUCCAUGAACACCUAUUUGUCAACGCCGAAUUUUGCACUUCACCUGCUGACUAGAAGCAGAAAUUUUUAUUUUACUUGAGGUAAUUAUCAUUGUAUAUCACUGUAUUUAUCCCCAUUGACCGGCUGAAGCUUAUUAAGGUUUUUCAUACUUGGUGUA